CGACCUCGCCCCUACACCCGGGACAGCUGGUUGCUUUGUCCCGUCCCCCCUUGCACAGCUGGGUGCUAGCAGAGGAGCCCUGUGCGUGCUGAGCCCCCGCCGCCCUUUCCUGCCGGGCGCGCUGCUGCCCCGGCCGCCGCCGCUGAGCGGUGCCAUGUGGAGCGGGCGCUGCUGGCUGCUGCUGGCGGCGCUGGGCUGGCUGCUGCCGGCGGGGGCCGGGGCCAGCGGCGAGUACUGCCACGGCUGGCUGGACGCGCAGGGCGCCUGGCGGGACGGGUUCCAGUGCCCGGAGCGCUUCGACGGCGGGGACGCCACCAUCUGCUGCGGCAGCUGCGCCUUGCGCUACUGCUGCUCCAGCGCCGAGGCCAGGCUGGACCAGGGCGUGUGCGACAACGACCGGCAGCAGGGGGCAGACGAGCAGGGCCGGCCGGACAAAGACGGCCCGGAUGGCGCAGCAGUGCCCAUUUAUGUGCCAUUCCUUAUAGUUGGAUCUGUUUUUGUUGCCUUUAUCAUCUUGGGGUCUCUAGUAGCAGCUUGUUGCUGCAGAUGCCUGCGACCCAAGCAAGAGCCACAGCAGAGCCGAGCACCUGGAGGUAAUCGGCUGAUGGAGACUAUUCCCAUGAUUCCAAGUGCCAGUACCUCCCGUGGUUCCUCUUCUCGUCAAUCAAGUACUGCUGCCAGCUCCAGUUCCAGUGCCAAUUCAGGUGCCAGAGCCCCCCCUACUAGGUCACAGACCAACUGCUGUUUGCCAGAAGGGACCAUGAAUAAUGUCUAUGUCAACAUGCCUACUAAUUUCUCAGUACUGAACUGCCAGCAGGCUACCCAGAUUGUGCCACACCAAGGGCAGUAUCUGCACCCACAGUAUGUAGGUUAUGCUGUCCAACAUGACUCUAUGCCUAUGACCCCGGUGCCACCUUUCCUGGAUGGUCUGCAAAGUGGAUACAGGCAGAUUCAGUCUCCCUAUCCCCAUGCCAAUAGUGAACAGAAGAUGUACCCAGCAGUGACUGUGUAAUUUAAAAAAAAUCACAUAUUUUAGCACCUAAGCAGAGGAGAAAUACUUUUGGAAUGAAGCUUGUAGAACCUCAUUUGUAAAUAAUUUUGAAAGACUCAUGCAUGUCAGACAGUGUUUAUAAACCAUUUCUUUACAUUGGAUUCAGUUGCCAAAAACUGUGUAAUGAUAUCUUUGAAUUACCAUUUCCAGAUAUGCUUCCAUUCCAGUUCAUGAUUAACAGUGGCAAUGGAUUAUGCUGAAGAUGCAUAUGCAUUUCAGAUAACUGUGUGUGAGAGAGAAAUGCCUGAGCUAUUAAGUGCCCUUCAGGUAUGGCACGGUGAAAGCAUUUGGCUACUUCAUAAAAAGAGUUUUGUUACACUGUGCAAGAUCACAGUAUUUAAGAAACCUCUCUUCUCCUCCUCUCUUCCACCAACUUUACAACAUUUCAUAUUGCUUUACAGACAAUCACAUUGUCAAUGGAAGACUAAACCGUGCAAUUAUUGUAAGUUAGAAACCUGCUACCAAGUCCUAUGAUUUCUUACCCACCUUAGGUUCAAGGUGGAAUGAGGUGUUAUUCUUAGUUUUUCACAAGAUUAUUUUCUUUGUCUCUUAUAUUUAUGUAGGAAUUAGAAGUGUGUAAAACAUUCAGCUCUAACUUCCAGUGCACUUGGAAUCAUUCUCGAUUUGAGUUUGACUCACGUUCAGGAACCAAUAGGGGUUUGCACAGUCUUUGUUUAUCUCAGUGAACUUUAAUAAAAAACAGAUAUGAGGUUAUUGCUUUCAUCAAAAUCUUUGAUACUGCUGUUGUCCUAUGCAUUUCAAGUUUGAACUGUGCUUGCAGAGAAAGGUCAUUUAGCACACCUCUACCUUGAUAGAACUCUGUCCUCGAGAGCCAAAAAAUCUUACCGCAUUAUAGGUGAAACCGCGUUAUAUCAAACGUGAUUUGAUCCGCCGGAGUGCGCAGCCCCGCCCUCCCGGAGCGCUGCUUUACCGCAUUAUAUCUGAAUUUGUGUUAUAUCGGGUGGCGUUAUAACGGGGUAGAGGUGUAUCUUCAAAUAUGGCUACUAAUCCCACUUCCUGUGAAACAUAAACCUGUGUGAAUGUGCACAAACAUGUCAAACCAAGAUCUUUCCCAUGGGUUUGUAAUGCAAUUCAACCAUGGGAAAAUGGGAUUCAUUCUAACCCAAACCUUUCUGAACUCCAGGGCCUGCUGACCCGUUCUGAUGCUAAAAUAUUGCCAAUCCAAAGGGAAUUUGGAAGGAUUUGCACAGCUAGACUAGGAGUCAGUUUCUGGAAAUACUAUUUUUUGUUAUUUGUGUUGAGAAUGAACAAAACAACAACCAAAACACUCAAGUCCUAAUAGCUUUUCAUUUUGUAUAAUUGCUUUAUAAGUAAAAUAUUUCUGCACAAUGUAGAAAUCUUUAAGCCUUCAAGCAGAUGGCAUGUUGCAGAGGGUGACUUUGCACUAAAACCUUUGAUUCCAUUUGUGAUAAAAUAGAUAAUCUCCUGAGUUUAAAGAAGCAACCAAUAUGCAGUAAAAGCUGUGUUAUCCAGCCCUGUACCAACCGGAAAGUUCUAUAAACCGGCAUUUCUAAUCUUCAUAGACAGUCUGGUUUAUAGUCUGGUUGGCAUGGGGCUGGCAGGUUCCCUACCUGGCUGCAUAUGGCUCCCCGGAAACAGUGACCUGUCCCUGCUGCUCUUAGGUGGAGGCAUGGCUAGACAACUGUGCGCGCUGCCUCCACCCACAGCCCCUCCCCUCCCCAAUAGCGCCCAUUGGCUGCGGUUCCCGGCCAAUGGGAGCUGCAGAGCCAGUGCUUAGGG